CUUUUUACUCUUGUAACUUUUUUCAACCAUGACAUUAUAUUAUACUAUCGUGUUUGCUAUUUUAAUAGCUGAGAUCUUUACUUUCUUUUUGUUGAUGCUUCCUAUUUCUACAAGAUGGAAGAAACCCGUGUUUAGAUGGUUGGCCACUUCACCCACUGUUGCACACGCAAGUUAUAUUCUUAAAAUAGUCUUUGGCUUCAUCUUUGUUCUCUUCAUUGAUUCUGUGAAUACCCUUAGAGCAUUUUAUGAAGUAGUCCAUGAAGAAGAAAAUGUGACACCUGGAACAUCAGAUUUUAGGGCGCAAGUUAAUCAAGCAGCCAAGAAGUUUUACGCGCAAAGAAACCUCUAUCUCACAGGUUUUACUAUGCUGCUAUUACUUAUCCUCAACACAAUCAAGACCAUGAACCUUGAAUAUAUCAGAUUGGAAGAUGAAUGUCUUGAAUUAAGAGCUGCUCUUUCAAAUGAUCCUGAUGUGAAGCGGGCGGUUCGUGAAAUGGAUACUGAGCCUAUCAAGGACAGAGUUACUAAACUAGAACCUGUUGAGCAGCCUGAAGAGAACAGAAAGGAUAUUUAAAUAAAGUAUUAAAUCUUGUUAACCUAAAAGAUAACUGAAUUUUAAUAUAACUGUGGGUCGUGUCUACCACAAUUGCC